AUGGAAUAUGAAUUAUUAUAUUAUAUUAUAUUAUGGGCUGCAAAUAAAAUCUCGGAAGAAGCUUUAUUAUUUUAUAAUUCAUAUUUGCCUUCUCUAGAAAUUAUUGAAAAAUUUAUCACUACAAACGUGAAAGAGUGGGAUAUUAAUUUCUUAUCUAACACGGAAGAAUCUCAUGCAAAAUACCGGUCAACUAUGUUAUUAAUGACUUCGUCUCUACUUAAUUAUGUGGAUUUAGAACAAAUUCAUCCAUCGAUUAUUUCCGAUAUAAUUGAACCUCUUGAUGGUAUAGUUGACUCAAAUAUAUUAUUAAAUAAAUAUCGGAAAAAAGCUUUAUUAGCUGAAAAGUAUUCUAAUAUAAUGUACUUCAGUGGGAUGGUCGAGCACGUGGUACUAAAAUGUGCUUUGAUAAUAACGGUCCUUAUAUUGCCUUCACGAGUUCCUCAUCACAUGAAUGGAUUAGAACUACAUUACCAAUAA